ACUCCCCUCUCUCUCCUCCAAGACGCAGCAGCAAUGGCGCUCCACGUUCCUAAGGCCCCCGGCUUUGCGCAGAUGCUGAAGGAUGGAGCCAGGCAUUACAGUGGUCUUGAGGAGGCUGUGUACAGGAACAUCCAGGCCUGCAAGCAGCUGGCAGAGACCACGCGCACAGCCUACGGACCAUUUGGGAUGAACAAGAUGGUGAUCAACCACCUGGAGAAGCUGUUUGUUACGAGUGACGCAGCCACCAUCGUGCGCGAGCUGGAGGUGCAGCACCCUGCAGCCCGCAUGGUGCUCAUGGCGAGCGAGAUGCAGGAGAGGGAGGUUGGUGACGGCACCAACUUGGUGCUGCUGCUGAGCGGCGCCCUGCUGGAGCAGGCCGACUCCCUGCUGCGCUCCGGCCUCUCUGUGCCGGAGGUGAUUGCGGGCUACGAGAAGGCGUGCGACAAGGCUCUGGAGCUGCUGCCGUCGCUGAGCGAGCGGGCUCUGGGCAACGAGCGUGACGAGGCCGAGGUGGCGGCCGCCAUCCGCACGGCCGUCUCCUCCAAGAUGUACGGCAUCGAGGACUUCCUGGCCAAGCUCAUUGCCUCCGCCUGUGUCUCGAUUCUGCCCAGCAGUGGCAACUUCAAUGUGGACAACGUACGAGUUUGCAAGAUAUUGGGCUCCGGUGUUCAGGCAUCCACGGUAAUGAGGGGGAUGGUGUUCAAGCGCGAGGUGGAGGGCGACGUGAAGACGGCCAAGGCGGCGCGCAUCGCCAUCUACUCCUGCCCCUUCGACUCCAUGAACACCGAGACCAAGGGCACGGUGUUGAUCAGGAACGCCCAGGAGCUGGUCUCCCUCACCCAGGGCGACGAGUCCCUGCUGGAGUCGCAGGUGGUGGCGAUCGCCAGCACCGGUGCCACCGUGGUGGUGACGGGCGGCAAGGUUGCCGACCUGGCGCUGCACUACGCCAACAAGCACGGGCUCAUGCUGGUCAGGCUGAAUUCCAAAUGGGAUCUAAGAAGACUGAGCAAGACGGUUGGGGCCACUGUCCUGCCUCGUCUGACCCCACCCACGGCGGAUGAUCUGGGUCACUGUGACAGCGUCCACCUUGACGAGGUGGGGGACACGCAGGUGGUCGUCUUCAAGCAAGACAAGGAGGAGAGCGCGAUCUCCACCGUGCUGCUGCGUGGUGCCACUGAGAAUGUGAUGGAUGACGCGGAGAGAGCUGUGGACGAUGGAGUGAACUCUUACAAGGUCCUCCUGCGGGAUCGCCGUCUGGUGCCCGGUGCUGGCGCUACGGAGAUUGAGCUGGCCCAGCAGAUAGCAGCCUACGGGGAGGCGAGUCCCGGCCUGGACCAGUACGCCAUCAAGAAGUUUGCCGUGGCGUUGGAGGCGGUGCCGCGUGCACUGGCGGAGAACGCCGGAGUGAAGGCCAACGAGGUGGUGUCCCUGCUGUACGCCGCUCACCAGCACGUGGCGCCAGCCACCGCGGGCACCGGCGUCACGGGCACCGGCGUGGGCAUCGACAUUGAGGGAGAGGGUCCCACGGUAUUGGAUGCCAACGUCGCAGGGAUUUUGGAGCCGCUGCUGCUCAAGCACUGGGCCCUGAAACUGGCCACCAACGCGGCCACCACCGUGCUGAGCGUAGACCAGAUCAUCAUGGCAAAGCGCGCAGGAGGUCCCAAGGCUCCGGAGAAGAAGGCCGACUGGGACGAGGAUAGAGACACGGCAGAGUGAAGAGGAGACACAGAGACGACAGAGAGACACGGGGACGACAGAGAGACACGGGGACGACAGAGAGACGGGACAGAUGCUGAGACACGGGGAUAGGCAGACACGGGGACAGAGAGACACUGGGACAGAUGCUGAGACACGGGGAUAGGCAGACACGGGGACAGAGACACUGGGACAGAUGCUGAGACACGGGGAUAGGCAGACACGGGGACAGAGACACUGGGACAGAUGCUGAGACACGGGAAUAGGGGGACAUAGGGACAGAGAGACACGGGGUUAGGGGGGCACAGGGGCCGAUUUGGAGACAGUGUUGAGACACUUGGUGUGAGUCCAGGGACCGUGUCUCUCUUCUCAUCUGCACGCUGUCUUGGUAAUGUCUCGCUGCGCACUGUUAAGUUAUCACUGCAGUUAAUAAACUCAGAGACGUGAACACCAG